GCUCAGCCAAAAGGCAACGAGAUCUGACGUCAGCAUCUGUGUCCGGAACAGUUUCCCUUUUCCUGGAGGGGAAACAAAAAACAACAAAAAACACGUAGGGAGCUCAGAUGCAACGUUUUUUGGAGGAGCAGAGAGCGGGGCUGUCUUCUUGCUGUGUUUUUUUUUUUUUUUUCCUACCUCUACGUCAUGCCCUAAAGCUGCAGUCUUCAUUACUGGUUUAAAGAAACCGAACACUGCAGAAGCGACCUCGGGCAGCGGGCUUGUUCCUGGAAAAGGAACGCCCACUCGGGGCCGGGUGCCAAGCAUUCAUGCUCUGCGUCCAACCCCGCUGAAAUCAGUCUUUGCCCGCAGGAGAGAGGCCAUGGCGGCGAUGUUCCUGCCUGGCAAUCUCCAGGACGAAGCCACUUGCUCCGUCUGCCUGGAGUUCUUCAAAGACCCCGUGUCCAUCGAGUGCGGGCACAACUUCUGCCGGGCGUGCAUCAUCAAGAGCUGGAAGGACCUGGAGAUGGACUUCCCCUGCCCGCAGUGCAGGGAGGUUUUCCAGCAGAAGAGCUUCAGGCCCAACCGGCAGCUGGCGAACAUGGCCGAGAUCAUCAGCCAGUUCGCCCUCCGCGGGGCCAAGGGGGCCGAGGAGGACGGGCUGUGCGUGAAGCACAGGGAAGCCCUGAAGCUCUACUGCAAGGACGACCGCAGGACCAUCUGCGUGGUGUGCGACAGGUCCCGGGAGCACCGGCCUCACGCCGUGGUGCCCGUCGACGAGGCGUCCGAGGAGUACAAGGAGAAAAUCCAGGGCCGCUUGAAUUUCCUGAAAAAGGAGAGGCAAGAGCUGCUGGAAUUUAAAGUGAACGAUGAUAAGAAAACGCAGGAGCUUUUGAAAACCAUUGAGAAUGAGCGGCAGAAGCUGCUGGUGGAGUUCGAGGGGCUACGGCAGUUCCUGCACGACCAGGAGCACAUCCUCCUGGGGCAGCUGGAGAAGAUGGAGAAAAGCAUUGCCAAAAGGCAGAAUGAGAACAUCUCCGACCUCUCCAAGGAGAUCACGCUCCUCAACAAGCUCAUCACGGAGCUGGAGGAGAAAAUCCAGCAGCCCAUGCUCGAGUUCCUCAAGGAUGUAAUGAGCGUCAUAAGCAGAAGUGACGAUGUGAAGAGCCACAAGCCUGUACCUGUGUGCACAGAUAUGAAAAUGCAUGUCUGCAAUUUCUCUCUCAAGACCGUCGUCCUUGAGAAAGUCUUAAAAAAAUUCAAAGAAAACCUGCGGGAUGAACUGGGAAGAGGUGAAAAAGAGGACCUGACCCUGGACCCCGAAUCGGCGAACCACCUCCUCAUCCUCUCCGCGGACCUCAAGAGCGUGAGGAUGGGCUGCAGGAAACAGGAGCUGCCCGACAACCCCAAGAGAUUCGACACGAACUCGCGGGUCCUGGCUAGCACGGGCUUCAAGUCGGGAAGACAUUACUGGGAGGUGGAGGUGGGGGCCUCGGACGGUUGGGCCUUCGGGGUGGCCAAGGAGUCCGUCAGGAGGAAAGGGCUGACGCAGUUUUCCCCCGAAGAAGGGAUCUGGGCGGUGCAGCAAAAUGGAGGCCGCUACUGGGCGGUCACCUCGCCCCAACGCACGCCGCUGUGCCUCAGCCAGAAACUCAACAAGGUCAGGGUGUACCUGGAUUACGAAGGGGAAGAAGUGUCCUUCUACAACGCUGAUAACAUGCAGCACAUCUUCACCUUCAAUGUUGCCUUCCAGGAGAAGGUGUUCCCCCUCUUUUCAGUUUGUUCCACGGUUACGUACAUCAAACUGUGCCCCUGAAGCAUCUCGUGGGCUUUGCUUGGAGCCUCUAUCCAUGGUUGAGGCCUGGUGGGCCACGAUGAGCACAAGGGACUCUCAAAACAACAAUGCAGCCUGGGUCCUCACUAUAAGGGGUCUUCAAGUCACCUUAAAACAGAGAAUAGCUAUUAAAACCUAAAUCUAUUAUAAUCAGCAGUCCCCAGAAGUUUGCAGCCACCAUCUUAAACCUAUCCCUGAAGCAACCCAACUCCUCAGCGAGAAGGAAACCACUGGUAGCUGGACUGGGGCUCCGAGUCUGGUAACAGACGGGUAUUUUUUUUUUUCUUGGGUGGGUCUAAGGAUCAAUGUUAAGGCUGGGGUGGGGAGGUUUUGGAGUAGAACUCCCCUUUGAAAGCAUCAUUGCCUCAAAAAUGAAAUAUUCAGUGGGUAAGGGUCCUGUGGGAAAGGUGAAGAGAGUGGGCAGGACACUUUGGACUUCCAUCCAAAGCCAGAAAAAGGAAAGCUCCUUUCCGUUAUAUCAAGUAACAUCAACUGGAAAGCUCAGCUGGGGGUUUUGCCUCUUUCCUUCUUGCUGGGAAGAAAAGCCCCACAGUAAAGGGCAGGUUACUUAUUUUAGGUUCUCCUUCUCAAAUUUGGUAUAAUGCACUCCAAAGCCUGUUUUGUGCUGUCUCGUUGGUGGUCUCAUCUGCCCUGGGUGAUCUGAACCAUGUGGCUACCAAGAUCUGACCUCUCCUGGAUAGAUACCAUGGCCCUUGGGUUGCUUUUUCCAUUGGCUUGUAUUAGUGCUCUCUGCUUUGUUUCUCUGUCCGUGGCCCUUCUGGGCAGGUAGUGCUGCUAUUCUGAAAAAGGCCAAAAAAAAAAAAAAAAGUGCUUUUCUUGUGAAGCAACAAAUGUUAACAUUUCUCAGGUGUGUUUGACUUGCAAUACCUGUAUUUCUGAAUUAUGGUGCUCCUGUGUAGCUCCUCCAGAGCUCCCCUCUCUGCCAGAAAAAUGCCAUUUGCAAAAUAACGUGGUAAGGUUACUUUGCUCGUAGCGAUGUGGUGCUGAAUCUCCUUUAUUUCCUCAGUCUCUGUUUACAUCUCAGCACAAUCACCCAUUUAUCUUCACUUUGUUUUUCUUUUUCAUGGAAAUCCUCAUUCUUUGCCAAGACAGCAAAUGCUCAACUUGUGGCUUCACUUGUCCUCUGUUGCUUUUGCCUAGACAAAAGAGUCCUUAAAAGAUAAAAAGUAGCAGUCUGAACAGUUCAAAAACAUGGUUUCUGGGUUUGAGGCAUUAUUUUUUUUUAUUAUUAUUAUUAUUAUUUUUGGAAAACAUGUUAACACCUGCCCCCCAAUUAAUCAAGAACAGAAUUUCCUGGCCAGCUUUAGGACGAGAAAAAGACAUUUCUAUGGAAAGCUGAUCUUAAUAUGGACUCAAACCUGCUGGCAAAACCCUGGUCAACACCAAUACCAAGAAAUUAUGGGUUGAACAAGUGCAUUUACCAUGUCUUUGGGUUUCUUGGAAGUUGUGUCCUUGGUUAUGAAGAUGUGCUGUCGAUCAAAGGCCACCUAAGAAAGUUUUCUGUGGCCCAAAUUGUGCAAAGAGUGUCAUAAAACCCCAGACAGAGCAGAAAUUGAGUGAAUCCACAAGAAAACAUCUGUGUUGCUUCUUCAGUGGAGAAGUGCUUUGGUGCUUUUUUUUUUUUCCCCCACCCAGGUGUACAGAAUUAUCUUCCCAAUGCAUCAUUAGAAGCUCUUCCUGUGCACAGCUGAGCCCUCAGCUCUCUCCCAGGUAAUGGAAAUUUGACCAAUGACUACUGGAGAUGAAGCACAAUCCAUUUCCUAUGAGCUGCAUAACUGCAGGUGAAUUUAAGAUGCCUUUCCAUUAGUCAUAAAAAGAGCUGAGGAUGACCAGCCGAGGUGUGACGAUCUCAUUUUUUUUUGGCUGUAGAGUUUUUUCCCAUCCUGAGAGUCUUUUUUUUAAUUAUUAUUUAUUUUUAAUGAGUUUGGCUUUAAAUACACAUUAUUUAAAGCUGCAUCAGCUCUUGAAUAAGUUAGCAAAAUGCCUGGAUUUUCUAAGCUCUGUCCACUGCUGAAGCGAUGCAGCUGUAGAAGUUGUAAAAAUACCAGCAAAAUAGCAAUCCCUGGAAUAAAAAAGGUAAUGGCAGGAGACGUGGGAUUUGUUUUAUUGCAACUUGGUGUUUUUCCUAUCUGUACAUGAGAAAUGCUGCUUUUCCCUCAAAAUGUGCAAAAUCCCGUGGGAAGCAAAAACAUUGCAUAAAUGGAUUUGAAAGCUUCCAAGUUGUUCCUAGGCCGCGUGCUGCAAAUAAAAUGUGAAGGUCCUACCCG